AUGACUCCCAUAUUGUCUAAAAUGAAGCCUUCCAUACUCAUUUUCGGCGCUGGAGGUAACUUCGGACCCUUUGUUCUCAGUGAGCUCGUGAAAAACAAAGCGAAAUUUUCUCGUAUUGCAAUACUAUGCAUAGAGGAGAGAAAAGAACAUUUUUCCCCUUGGUUGGAGAAAGGGGUGGAGGUCAUUAUUGGUUCAAUGACUGAUUCAGCUUCUUACCGAGGGUUUACUGUGGCUAUCUCCCUAGUGGGGAAUCUAGUUCUACGUCUGCAGCCACAGAUGGUCGAUGCUGCUAUUGAAGCUGGUGUGAAGCAUUUCUAUCCAUCCGAAUUUGGGAACGACAUUGACCAGCCGGAGUUUGUUAACGCCCGCUAUUAUGUGGACAAAAUGCUUACACGAAAACACUUACGGGCAAAGGCCAAGGAUUACCCUGAUUUCUCGUACACAAUGGUACAUAUCGGGCUUUUCGCUGAAUCAUUUGCUCUGGGUGAUGAGUUUGGCGUGGACCGAGCUGCCAAGACCUUUACCUGGUUUGGCAAUCCCGAAAUGGAGGCAUCUUUCUCAUCUAUGGCAGAGUAG